CGUGGCAUUAAGAAAUGAAGAUUUUUUUCUCUCUGGAAAGUCCCAGUAAACAGGACCGACGACGAUUAACGCUGGACCCUGAAGAAGAAGGAAGACGUGCCAUCGUCGUCACACGCGUACGGCGUACCGGCACCUUCGAUGGCGGCCACCAAGCCCCCGAGCUGCUCCACCCGCCUCAGAUCUCCGGCCACCACCGCCGCCUGCUUCCUCCCGGCGUCCCUCCUUCUCUUCCUCCUCCUCCUCCUCCUCCGCCGCCCUCCCAUGGGCUCCUUCCCUCCCACAAUUCCAGGUGGCUCCGUGUCGUCGCGGCGGGCGGAGCUGUACGGGAGGAUGGCGAGGGACCUCGACGAGCGCGGCGCGGCGUUCUUGGACGGCGGCGAGACGUCGCAGUCGCUCACGCUGUCGGAGCUCUUCGACACCAGGGACGGCGCCGUCGUGCCCAUGCUCAAGGCUGCCAACCCGCCGGUGCGCGCGAAUGUGCUCUACCUGGAUCCUGAGUUUGCUUCCGUGAUAUCGAAGGCUGUGAAGGAAGUGUUUCUUCCUUAUUUUAAUCAAGCUAUCUGGUUCCAAAAUAUGAGCAUCUACCACUUCAGUAUGUUUCACACGUCGCAUCACCUGGAACCAAUUGUAGCAACUGAAGAUGAGAUUGAAGCUGAAGUGGAUGCUGUAAAAAGAGUCACCGACGAUGUUUGUCCACUUAAAAUUAUCUUGGAUCAAGUGGUUUUGACAUCAACUGGAGUGCUUCUUGGCCUGUGGCAGGUUGAAUCUGGUACUGAUCCCGCUGAUAUCCGCUCAAGAUUGAGAGAAGCUCUUCCUCGUGCACCCCAAAAGCAGCUUUAUGAUCCUGUUAUGCUUCACACCUCUUUGGCACGUAUUCUGGGACAUCCAAAGCUCCCACAAGAGGGUAAUGCACAGUCUCUUGAUCAUGUCAAGUUCUUCCAUGACCUGGUUGCACAGGUUAAUUCAAAAAUCCGUGGCUUCCAGGCCACGGUAAAAGAGCUAUGGUUUGUAGAAGAGUAUGAUGUACUUGCGCUGGCAUUGAACGGAAAGAUGAAGGUACGGAGGCUCCAAUUCGGUUGCAAAGAAGGUCAAGGCAAUGGAAAAAUAUAGAGAGAAUUACCGACGGGAACAGUGCAAUAUACUUGGAGCACCCAAGGGUAAUGUUGUUCGAAUGGCUCACCUAAAACAUCAUCCACGCCGUCAUUUGAUCUGCCGAGCUAUACAAUAGAUGUGUUGGGCGACUGGGAAUGCGACAAAGUGAUGACAGAUUGCAACACAUACUUGUGCAGAAAAUCGUAUGCAACCAUAUGUAUGUAAUUUCUUUCGCUGUGAAGGUAUGCCACAUUGUGUUGUACCUGUGAUGUUCUCUAAUUUUUUGUGUCUAUUUAUGCUCCAUUUUCUAGCAUAUGGAGACAGUGUACCAAUAGAAACUCCAAAAUUUGCUGUACAUUUUUAGGGGAAGAAAGGCCAUUCAGGAAGACGAGUCUUCACUUUAUAUACAGAAUUGUUAUUCUUCAGGUGUAGGAAUACACAAAUUUCUCCA